AUGCCCCUCCCGGAGUCCAACCCCUCCAUCCACGAUGAUUUCCUCCUUCCGAUGACUCCUCCAGAUCCCUCCGAAGUCCCGCUAAUGGGAGCCAAGGACACUGCGCCCGUGGCUUCAGCCCUGCAGGUUAUCGCGGCGGAGCGCGCCGCUCUGGCGCAUCUGGAGCACAUCUACCAGACCGAUCCGUUGGCUCAAGAUAACCUCGCGCGCGCGGUGGCUCAGAUCGUACGCACCAUCAAGCAUGGCGGGAAAUUGGUCUGCUGCGGUGUCGGCAAGAGUGGCAAGAUCGCUCAGAAACUGGAAGCCACCAUGAAUAGUAUGGGAAUCUACAGUGCCUUUCUGCACCCCACGGAAGCCUUGCACGGCGACCUGGGCAUGAUACGACCGCAUGAUACACUAUUGUUAAUAUCUUUCUCGGGCCGCACUCCGGAGCUUUUGCUCAUGCUUCCUCAUAUUCCUUCAACCGUUACGGUUAUUGCUAUCACUUCCCAUAUGGUCUCGUCGACUUGUCCUCUCCUUUCUUUCCACCCGUCAAACAUGGGGAUCCUCUUGCCGGCACCGAUCCAUGAGGAUGAAGAGACCUCGAUCGGCGUAUGUGCCCCGACCUCGUCCACCACGGUAGCCUUAUCGCUGGGAGAUGCACUGGCUAUCGCUACGGCUCGGCGGCUACAUACAGCUCCUGGCAGAGGACCGGCGGAGAUCUUCAAGGGCUUCCACCCUGGCGGUGCUAUCGGCGCUGCAUCCAUGGCUUUGACGCCUAUGAGCAUGUCGUCCGCAUCAAGUUCUGCCGCCCCAUCAGACUAUAUUCCAGCCCAACAGACCACGAACUCAUUCCCGCAGUCAGAGGGCAAACCCAAUCAGCGUCCACUCGUCCGUGACAUGCUCGUGUCACUCGAUCAAAUUCCCAGGGUGUCUGUCUCGGGUAAAGUCCGUCUUCUGGACAUUCUCCUCACUGCAAUCCAGCACCCCAACGCCAAGUCAUGGGUUCAUCUCUCACCGUCCGAAAUCGUGCCCCCACGGCAUCUCCGCUUCGUCUCCCAGAGCAACUAUGUAGAUAUGCACGUUGCUGCCUUCACUGAACUGGGUCUACCUUUUGGGGUCUCCCGCAAAGACUGGUUCCGCCUUACGAGCUCGAGCACCAUCGAUGACGCGCGCCGGCUGGUCUCCGAGGCCGGUGCAUCCUCAGGCACCCCCGUGACCGUGGUAGCCGUCAUGGACGAUACCAACCCCGACCACUGUCUCGGGGUCAUAGAAGCUGAGGAUCUAUGGAAUGAUUGUGAUGACUAA